GAACUGUUGCUCUGCAAAUGAAGUCGCUCUGCAGCAGGAUUACUGAAGGCGGAACUGUGUAAAAGUAACUCUUCAGAACGUCUGCAUUCCUUUUAAAGGGCUCUACGUGGCUUUGCCUGGUAGCUGAUCAUUAAUACGUGUUUGCUUAGAUUGCCCGAGCGCGCUGCUUUGAGUGUUUUGGAACGCGCGCUCCAGGCACCAUGCAGGAGUCCUGCGUGAGAUGAUGCGACUUUAAAUAUUAGUGUGACUUUGAGUUUGCAGCGCAGCGCAACUUCCCCCCGAUAAGACGCCGCAAACGCUCCCUCGCGGAAGGAUUUCCAUCCCCGUGUCCGGGACCAGUUUCCCGGCGGCGUUUCCAUGUGAGCCCGCAGCAUGGUGAAACACUGAGAACCGCGUCGAGAAGACACAAAGAGACAGGUAAAGCACCCUUCCUUGCAUGUGGUGGGUGAGAUGAACUCCAGUGGGAAUACUGUAGACCCCACUUGACAGCUGUGCCUGAUCACCUGAAAGCUUCUCAGCAGAGCCUCCACAAGACCUUGAUAAAAAAAAAAAGCAGUCGCCUAAAAUCCACAUCUCAACGGGGAUGCUGAAUGUUUAAGUAAAUAUUUAUGUUAUUUUUGUAUCAUAAAAUAAUGUAUAACCUUUAGAUAGGUUGACAGCCCACUGACACUGUGAACCAGAAGAAACCGCAAAAUAACAGGAUACAAAACGAAUGUUUGAAUACCAGGAAAUGGAAAGUCCUAUUUGUCAGUCUCUCCCCGACUUCUGAUUUUCUCCCUUCCCUUCUGGACUUGCCUGUCCAGCUCCUAGAAGAGCCCCCUUGUUUCCUUUUUCUACCUCGGACAGUCACAACUGUCCCUCCUCCACCUUUUCAACCCAGUAGUUAGUAUCUCCAGCCUUCAGCCUGGCCGGAACAACCAUUCCAGCGAAGGGGGAGGAGGACUUCCUCACGCUGGCCGCCUCCCGGCUCAGCCGCAAGAAACGUGUCAUCGGGGCUGGAGUUGGGGUGGCCAUGGUCUUGGUCCUGCUAGUGGCCAUUCCCCUAUUGGUUCACAGCACCAAGGGGGGAGGGUCCGGAGGAGGUGGCACACACUUUGAGAUGCUUGGGAGCUGCAAGAUGGUGUGCGACACUUUCACCCCCCCACAGGGAGAGCUGACAGCCGUCUCCCCUCAGCCCCCAGACUUCUCAAACCGCAGGGGCAAACAGGGGUACAGAGGGAGCCCUGGACUUCCCGGCCCUCCAGGGCCUAAAGGGCCCUCCGGAGAGCCCGGCAAGCCCGGUCCGCCCGGUCCACCCGGGCCUGGAUCCGGUGGAUACGGCCAAUCGUCCUACAGUCCCAAAAUCGCCUUCUACGCAGGCCUCCGGAAACAACACGAAGGGAGCGAAAUACUCAAGUUUGAUGACGUGGUGACCAACGUGGGGAACUACUACGAACCGAGCACCGGCAAGUUCACCUGCCCUCUGCCUGGCAUAUACUACUUCACCUACCACGUCCUGAUGAGAGGAGGUGAUGGGACGAGUAUGUGGGCUGACCUGAAGAAGAACGGACAGGUGAGGGCCAGUGCAAUUGCUCAAGAUGCAGAUCAGAACUACGACUAUGCCUCCAACAGUGUCAUCCUCCACCUGGAUGUCGGGGACGAAGUGUGCGUACAGCUGGACGGGGGCAAAGUCCAUGGUGGAAACACCAACAAAUACAGCACCUUCUCCGGCUUCCUCAUAUACCCCGACUGACCGGAUAUUCACAUUUAUAUAUUCUCUAUAAGGCCCAAGGCUCAUUUCUUCAUCUAACACCACCAUGCUCCCUUAAUGUAUUUUGUCAUCUCAAUGCUCUUCAGUAGAUAAACAUGUAAUUACACAAUCACAGUUAAUGAAUAGAGAAAUUGUGUAAAAAUGAAAAAAAUAUUGUAUAUAUUACCAGUUAACAUUUACCUCAAACACUCACACUAGUGUAAUCAUUAUUCCGUGCCACGUACUGUGUGUGUAAACGUGACUGCAACACCCGAUGCACAUUUCACAAGCGUUCAUUGUCGGCUCACAGAGGUGUGCUCACAUGGAUUGAGCUUCUCCUAUCAGUUGUUGCACUGAGACAAGAUGACCAUUUCAGCCACCGGUCCUAAAUCGACUGAACAGAUUUCUGAAUGUAGACUGUGAAUCAAAGUGUUUGCACAGCCUCUCGCCUUCAAUGUGAGAUGGAUUUUCAAAUAAGACAAGUGAUGAAUAUAUUGAUUUUGGCUGAUAAUACAGACAACAUAAUCCAGUGUGUGGUAUUUUUGCGUUGAUGCCCUUCUGCUUGUGGUAAAGCGUGAAAGUGUCACGUUGCCGUUCGUUUGACUUGCACAUUCUCCUGCUCCUGUUAAGGGACGGGGUGUCAAGUUGUUGGUAACAGUCCCUUAACACACACGGCAUAUUGAUACUGAGAUUUAGCUUUGAGAUUUUCCCAGAGCCAGAGCACACGGCAAAGCCUCAUCAUGUCCUGCUAAUGAGCUGAGGCUUCCCCCACAACCUGUUCAGUCACACUUACAUCUGGCAUCCACAGUUCGCUGCAUACACAGAGCUGGAUGAGAAAAUUGAAACUCUCGUAUCCGUUUGUUCACUAUAAAGCUACGGCUAACAGCCGCAUAGCUUACAGCAUCACGGUGGGGUCAUAAUUGAAAAGUAGUGAUACGGUGUGUUUUCCUGAGAAUUGUGGAAAUUGUGUUUUGUAUCAAUAAUUCAUAGCAUUGCAGUCACUUGAAUACAUGUAAAAUUAUUAUUAUUAUUAUACAAUCAGAACCUUCCCAAAAUGACUUGUAAUGACAUGUCUCUUUGAUUCAUACAAAAACCUAACUGUAAAAACAAGAAUUCGUGGUUAUCCUGGUUGUCAUUUAACCUGAAGAGGUCAUGUGUGGGACUAGUAGUAGUCACUGGGUCGGCGUAGGUGUGUGUGACAACACAGAGAGACGACUCGUCGCUCUAAAGAACAAGCUGGUUAGCACAGAUGCUGCAAUAGCAUCACAUUCAUCAAAACUGAAGAGCACUUCUUCAUUAAAAGAAGAGCAAGGAAUAGCAAUGGUGGCCUUUAUGAAUUCUUUUUUUUUGCACUUUAAUAAGUAUUUGAUUGACAGAUGUUUGGUCCGAUCCCCUGUGACAACGCCUCUUUGUGAUAAGCUAAGCCAAUUGGGUGGAGCCUCGUAUUUACUGAAAAGUUCAGUUUCUCUGCGUGAAAUCAAGUAUGCGUAGCUCACAAGAUGUCACACUUUUCUUUUAAUGUUGAGAGUUUUUUCAAACGCAGGCUGCUGUUCCUGCAAUCUGGCAACCACUUUCAGAAAUAAAGAUGCUAACUGGGGGCGUUGAUUGUGAAUCUCUGUAUGUAACGGAAUGUAAGCUGUGAAUAAAAGCCCCCAAAAUUGGGACCACGAUUAAUUUGGUAUGGUGGGAAACAUGAGGGAACAAAAAACAGAAGCAUGUUACUGUGCUGUUCAAACGUUGCAUUCAGAAAAAAUCAUAAAUAUGUUGAUGUAACCAAAUCACUAUAUUUAACAAUUCUAUUUUUUUCAUGAUAUAAUGCUUAGACGGGUCCAGUAGAAAAAACCCUUUGAGCACAUCCGUAGGGGUUUGAACGCCAUGGGAAGUGACACAGAUCCAGCGCUGAAGCCUGAUAGCAUGACUGUACCAUGAUGUGAAGUUUUCUUGUGCUGUGAGUGACAUUCCUCUGUGUCAUGCUCCAUCCUGCUGCGUGAGCUCUCUGGCUCUUUUACCUUUGUUCACGAGCAUCGCGGAUUCAUUGUUGUCACUGUACUUUGUAAACUGUUGUGUAUAUUUGUUAUGUAUCAAAUUGUUUUAUCUUUGCACUUGAAGACCACAAAACACAAUAAAACGAAAAGAGGAUUGAGGAUUAUUCUGCAGUCGCUGAGUAAAACCACAGCUUUCAUUAUUCUUCGUUAUCCUCCAGAACUCAGCAGGUGACACGUUGUGAAAAGUUCUCACUGCUCAGGGUGUUUAUUUUUGAUUGCAAAGAUCUCAAGACUUUAUCAGUAUUUGUGAAGUUUAUCUGAGGUUCAAAUUUAAAAACAGCUGAGAAAUUGACAAACUAACAUAUUCCAGUAUUUCCAACAAAAGCCAAGAAUAAACUUACCUUCAUGUCUGUUCCUCCAUUGAUAAAGAAUAAUGUGCUAAACUA